CACAUAUAACUCAUUACUUACAAUACAAACUCAUCAAAUGAUAGAUAUAAUAAUGACUCGAAGCCAUUGUUAUUGGUUUUAUUGUAUUAUUACCAUAUAUUUCUCCUUCCUUAUACACUCUCUAGCUUCUCCUUCGCUUCACUUUUGCCGCCACGACCAGAGGGAUGGUCUUUUGAAAUUCAGAGACGAGUUUCCGAUCUUUGAGUCUAAAUCAAGUCCGUGGAAUAAGACCACCGAUUGCUGUUCUUGGGACGGUGUCACGUGCGAUGAUAAAUCUGGCCAGGUAAUAUCACUCGACCUUCGUAGCACCCUUCUCAACAGCUCUUUGAAAACCAACAGUAGUCUUUUUAGACUCCAAUAUCUUCGUCACCUAGACCUUUCUGGUUGCAAUCUCCAUGGAGAGAUUCCUUCUUCACUAGGAAACCUUUCCCGUCUCGAAAAUCUUGAGCUUUCUUCUAAUAGAUUGGUCGGUGAGAUUCCGUAUUCAAUAGGGAACCUAAAGCAACUAAGAAACCUUAGCCUUGGGGAUAACGAUCUCAUAGGAGAAAUUCCUUCUUCCCUAGGAAACCUUUCUCUUCUCUUAGAUCUUGACCUUUGGAAUAAUUCUUUGGUAGGUGAAGUUCCAGCUUCCAUCGGAAACCUAAACGAACUAAGAGUCAUGUCACUUGACCGUAACAGCUUAAGUGGCAGUAUACCUAUUUCAUUUACUAACUUAACCAAACUUUCCGAGUUUAGAAUCUUCUUUAACAACUUCACAUCCCUUCCUUCUGACCUGAGUGGCUUCCACAACUUGGUGACGUUUGAUAUUAGUGCAAACUCAUUUUCCGGGCAUUUCCCUAAAUUUUUGUUCUCGAUUCCUUCGUUAGCAUGGGUUUCUAUGGAUAGAAACCAAUUCUCAGGACCUAUAGAGUUUGCUAAUAUAUCUUCAUCAUCUAAGCUUCAGAAUCUAAUCCUCACUCGUAACAAAUUAGAUGGCUCAAUCCCUGAAUCCAUAUCUAAGUUUCUCAACCUCGUACUGUUAGAUGUUGCCCACAAUAAUAUCAGUGGACCAGUCCCUAGGUCUAUGUCAAAGUUAGUUAGCCUCCGUAUCUUUGGUUUUUCCAACAACAAGUUGGAAGGUGAAGUACCAAGUUGGUUGUGGAGAUUGUCUUCAACAAUGCUUUCUCACAAUUCUUUCAGCAGUUUUGAAAAAAUAUAUUCAAAAGAAACAAUGAUCCAAGUGUUGGAUCUAAGUUUCAAUUCCUUCCGAGGGACGUUUCCCGUUUGGAUCUGCAAGCUGAAAGGGUUACACUUCUUAGAUUUGUCCAACAAUCUCUUCAACGGUUCGAUUCCUUUAUGUUUAAGGAACUUCAAUCUUACGGGGCUAAUUCUUGGAAACAACAAGUUCAGUGGAACUCUUCCGGACAUAUUUGCCAAUAAUACCAACUUACAAUCAUUGGACGUAAGUGGCAACCAGUUAGAGGGGAAGUUUCCAAAGUCUUUGAUAAAUUGCAAAGGUUUGCAUUUUGUGAAUGUUGAAAGCAACAAAAUCAAGGAUACGUUUCCAUCUUGGUUGGGAUCUCUACCAUCUUUACAAGUUCUCAUCCUAAGAUCAAACGACUUCUAUGGUCCGUUGUAUCAUCCCAGCAUGUCCAUUGGGUUUCAAGGUUUAAGAAUCAUCGAUAUAUCACACAAUGGCUUCUCUGGAGUACUCCCACCUAACUUUUUUUCUAGUUGGCGUGAAAUGAUUACAUUAGUCCAUGGAAGUUAUGAAUACAUUGAAGAUAUUCAGAAUUAUUCUCUUAUCUAUCGCUCCAUGGAAAUGGUGAAUAAAGGAGUAGAGAUGAGUUUUGAGAGGAUCCGACAAGACUUUAGAGCCAUUGAUUUUUCUGAAAACAGAAUUUAUGGCGAAAUACCUGAAUCCAUUGGUUGUUUGGAGGAACUGCGUCUUCUCAACUUGUCAGGUAACGCUUUCACAAGCGAUAUCCCACGGGUCUGGGAAAAUCUCACAAAGCUCGAGACGUUAGACCUAUCACGUAACAAGUUGUCUGGUCAAAUCCCACAAGAUCUUGGUAAACUCUCCUUUCUGUCGUACAUGAACUUCUCCCAUAACCGUCUCCAAGGUCCAGUGCCACGAGGCACACAGUUUCAAAGGCAGAGAUGUUCUUCAUUUUUGGACAACCAUAGACUCUACGGUCUCGAAGAUAUCUGUGAGGAGACUCAUGUCCCGAAUCCUACAUCACAACCAUCCGAGGAUUUGUUAGACGAGGAGGAAAAAAUGUUCAACUGGGUAGCAGCUGCAAUAGCAUAUGGACCUGGUGUAUUUUGUGGUCUGGUGAUCGGAUACAUCUUCACUUCACACCAUCAUGAGUGGUUUACGGAAAAGUUUGGUCGGAAAAAAAUCAGAGUAACCACAAGUGCUCGUUAAGCCCAUCUGUUGCAAUCUCUCUAAGCAUUUGUGAUUUGUGAAGCAUUAUUGUGUACUGUCUUGUUCAUGUUGUAUUGAAUUUUUCAGGUGUCUCCUCCAAAAGACUCGUUUCUAUUUGUAAUUUUCUAUUUUAUGGUUUUGUAAUAAACGUACUGCGUGUAUUUGGUG